AAAUUUUACGAAUUGGAUUUAACACGUGGUGGAAAAACAGGGUUGAGCAAGAUUACGUUAAAUUAUAUUCAAUUUACUUUUAAACCUUAAAAAAUCAUAGAUUUGUAAACUAAUUUGUAAAUUAAUAUUGCAAAAUGGAGUAUAUUGAGAACUUUGAUAUGCCAACACAAAAUAAAACUAUGAUUUUAUGUUGUGAAUGUGGUGCUCAAAUUGAACCAAACCCUGCUAACAUGUGUGUAUCAUGUUUACGUUUAAAAGUUGAUAUUACUGAAGGUAUACCUAAACAGGUAACUCUUCAGUUUUGCAAAGGAUGCGAAAGAUACUUACAACCACCCAUGGAUUGGAUACAUGCUGCGUUAGAAUCCAGAGAAUUGCUACAAUUAUGUUUAAAAAAAUUGAAAGGAUUGCAUCGUGUAAAGCUGGUAGAUGCUGGUUUUAUUUGGACCGAACCACAUUCCAAGAGAUUAAAAGUUAAGUUAACGGUACACGCAGAAGUAAUUGGAGGAACUGUUUUGCAACAAGUAUUUGUUGUCGAUUAUAUUAUUAAUCUUCAAAUGUGCGAUGAUUGUCAUCGUACAGAAGCAAAAGAUUAUUGGCGUGCAUCUGUACAAGUAAGACAGAAGGCUAUAAAUAAAAGGACAUUUUAUUACUUAGAACAAUUAAUAUUGAAGCAUAAAGCUCAUGAACAAACUGUGGGCAUAAAACCUAUUCAUGAGGGUCUAGAUUUCUUUUAUUCUAAUGAAGCAGCUGCUAGGAAAAUGGUUGAUUUUCUAGUAUCAGUUAUACCUUGUCGUUAUCAACAUUCUAAAAAACUGAUUUCACAUGAUAUACAUAGCAAUAUUUAUAAUUAUAAAUUUACAUACAGUGUGGAAAUUGUACCAAUUUCUAAAGAUAGUGUAGUAUGUUUACCAAAAAGAUUAACGCAUCAACUAGGAGGAUUGAGUUCAAUUUGUCUUGUUUAUAGAAUGACAAAUUCCAUACAUCUCAUAGAUGUUUCAUCGGGACAAAUUGCAGAAGUAAGUUCUACGGCAUUUUGGAGAUAUCCUUUUAAUUGUAUUUGCAACCCAAAUCAGUUGAUCGAGUACAUAGUAAUGGAUAUAGAUAUUGUAAAAGAUAAACAUAAGAAAAUUUUCCCUGGUCAAGGAAGUAUUUCAACCAAGCAUGUUAUAGCCGAUGUCUGGUUAGUCAAAGCUGCAGAAUUAGGAAUAGUCGAGAAUCCAGUUCAUUCUCGCACUCACUUAGGUCAUAUACUUAAGCCAGGGGAUUCAGUACUGGGAUAUGCCCUUGGCAAUAGCAAUAUUAAUGAUGAUAAUUUUGAAAAAUUGAAUGGAGAUACAGUUCCUGAUGUUAUCCUAGUAAAAAAAUAUUAUGGCGUUGAUAAAGCUGCACGUCGUAGAGCCAGAAUGUGGAAAUUAAAACACAUUGCUGAUGACAUUGUUAGCAUGAAUACAGACAAUAAUGAAUACAACGAUUUCUUGGAUGAAUUGGAGGAGGAUCCAGAAAUGCGACAAAAUAUUAAUAUCUUCAGAGAUUCUAAAAAACAAAUACCUGUUGAUACUGAUGAAAUCGAUCCUAGUAUUCCACAAAUAACACUUGAAGAAAUGCUUGAUGAUCUUGUUAUUGAUGAUGAUGAAUGAUGAUAUAUCAGAAUUCCAAAUAGAUAAAUAAAGGAAAAGAUGUAUUGUUU